AUGGGUUUCGACUACGCGCUCGUUCAUCUCAAGUACACGAUCCCCCCAGCCGUGGGGCUUACCUGGCUCUAUCGCCCUUUCUUCACCAAACUUGACGUGUACAAGGUCGUUUACCUGAUAUUGGUCGCUGUGCUGUCGACCAUACCAUGGGACUCGUACCUCAUUCGCACCGGAAUCUGGAGCUACCCCGCCCAUGUCAUUGUUGGACCCAAGCUGCUGGAUAUCCCUCUAGAAGAGGUCUUUUUCUUCGUCGUGCAGACAUACAACACAUCGAUCCUCUAUCUUCUCCUCAGCAGGCCUACCUUUCAGCCCGUCUACCUCAGCCCUGAACGCGGCGCAUCCGGCCAUCGAUGGCGAUACACCAAAUUUGCUGGCCAAAUCUUCUUUUUGGGCGUGAUUGCGUGGGGAUGGCGUUGCAUCAAAGAUGACAGCAAAGGAACUUACACUGGACUCAUCUUGAUAUGGGCCGGCCCGUUUCUGCUGCUGCUCUGGAGUCUUGCAUACCAAUUCAUCCUGGCGCUCCCUCUAACCAAUACCGCGGCACCCAUCAUCCUUCCGACACUUUACCUCUGGAUCGUCGAUACCUUGGCCUUGCGUAGAGGAACAUGGGUAAUCAACACAGGUACAAAAUAUGGCGUGCACUUAUGGGACGGCCUCGAAAUUGAAGAAGCCCUCUUCUUCUUGGUUACCAACUCGCUUAUAGUAUUUGGUCAAUUGGCGUUUGACAAUGCUCUUGCAGUGCUAUACACCUUUCCGGCGUUAUUCACGAAGCCCUCCCUGCUCCCAUCACCCAUGGUCUUGAUGCGCGCUUUGCUCACUUCAUGCUCCAAGUACGACGAUGCGCGUCUUGUAGGCCUUGGCGAGGCUGUGCAUCGUCUCAAGCGAAAGAGCCGUAGUUUCUACCUCGCCUCCGCAACGUUCCCUGGACCUUUACGGGCGGAUUUGUUGCUACUCUACUCCUUCUGCCGCGUUGCUGAUGAUCUGGUGGACAAUGCUUCCUCUGCCGAUGAGGCCAAGGACUGGAUAGCGAAAUUGCGCAAGUUCCUGAAUAAUACUUACAGCGAUUCUGCAUCUAAGCCUACUAUACAAGCCCAAGUCCGGGAAGACUUUCCGGCCGGCACGCAAUCUGCACUCCUACAGCUUCCAGCUGCUAAGCUCUCGCACCAACCGUUGGAGGAUCUUUUGCGCGGGUUUGAGAUGGACCUUGCUUUCGACAAGGAGCCUCUGAUCAAAACCACGGAGGAUUUGCGUUUGUACUCGGAGCGUGUGGCGGGCACUGUAGCUCAAAUGUGCAUUGAACUCAUCUUCAACUGGUAUCCUAGCGCUUUACCUGUUGAAGAGCAACGGACUAUAGUUGCUGCUGGUAACGGUAUGGGCGUGGCCCUACAGUAUGUCAACAUCGCGCGCGACAUAGAAGUAGACGCUAAGAUUGGGCGUGUUUAUCUUCCUCUGAAGUGGCUUGCUGAAGUGGGGUUAAGUUACGACGAGGUAUUAAAGAAGCCAGAUCACCCGCAAAUCGAGGCCUUGCGUAAGCGUCUUCUGAAGGAUGCAUUUUCUCUAUAUGAAGAGGCCAAAGAUGCGAUUGAGCGUUUGCCAAUUGAGGCGAGAGGCCCUAUCCGGGUCGCGGUUGAGAGUUACAUGGAGAUUGGAAGGGUCUUAGGACAGGCCAACUUCAAAGUCAAAGCUGGACGUGCUACUGUGCCCAAGUCGAGGAGGAUAAUGCCUUUUCCCGAUAACUAUACAGAUGAGACCACCUUUCUUGACCACCUUCAGCGCAAUCCAAGAUUGCAGCCCUACGAAUUUUGGUCACUGAUGGGUGACGCCACGGUCAUCGUGCAGCAUCUUGCAACAGUGAUCAUAUUUGCCUGCUGUUUCGUGGCCAUCAUUCAUGAUAGAGUUUCGCCUGUAGCCAUAGUGGGGUGGGCCACUUUAUGCACAGUUCUAGCCUGGUUCUUAUGGGACCAUUGGAUGGGCCAGGAGUUCGCGACCGUCUCCAACGUGGCAUCGACACCCACUUCAGAUACGGACAAAGCUGGACCACAACCCUCAUCAGCGCUCUCAGGACGAGCUCAACAGCGUCUAGCAACUGCCAAAUCAGCCCUGUUGAUUUAUGCGGCUUUACUUGGGCUCAGUCCGAUUCUCAAGUCACUGACACGCUCCACGACAAGUGAUUCAAUAUGGGCGUUGAGUACAUGGCUGCUGCUGAUGAACGUUGCCUUCUUUGACUACAGUGGAGGUACAGGUGCACAGUAUGAGGACCACUCUCCUUUUGAGUAUACAUGCGGCUAA